AUGUCGAAGCAAGAGCUUUUAAGUAGCCAGGCCAUCGAAAUAGAUGAGCUGCAGCGUUUGAUUCGCAAUUAUCGUAAAGAUAGACAAUUUCGCAAAACUGAACGUUAUCUACAAGAUAAAAAACUUACAUUUUCCGAUAUGUUCAAAACUAUUCGCGAAAAUAAUGAAAAAUUAGAAGAUUUUUAUGAUGAACGACAACCUUAUUUUUCGGAAAAAACGUUUGAAAAGAUUGAAACAUUAUUUUAUUCGGUGAUGGAUGAUAUCAAUAGGCAGCUGAAAAGCUACAGUCAGUCAAAAGACAACCAACAACAUGACUCGCAAUUUGAUGACCAACAACCUGGUGGUUCACGCUCUAACGAAUUACAAAACAAUGGCGAGCAAUCAAACGAUCAACGAACUGAUGAAUUUCGAUCCACUGAACUUGAAAACCAAAACGAUCAUCAACCGAAUGUUCAGCAAAAUGAUGGUCAAACUGGUCAAAGCUCCAACAAUUUGAUGACCCAAAACGAUCCUCAAUCGAAUGUUCAGCAAAAUAAUGGUCAAACUGGUCAAAACUCCAACAAUUUGUUGACCCAAAACGAUCCUCAAUCGAAUGUUCAGCAAAAUAAUGGUCAAACUGGUCAGAACUCUAACAAUUUUGUGGAUCUUCUCAAUUCAACAAUCAACGACAAUUCUACACCAACGGAAAAUCAACCAUCGCUUUUGGACGUUCAUUAUACCGAAUUUAUGGAUCUUCUCAUUGAUUGCCACGAGCUACACCAAUCUUCACCAAAGGGAUUGGUUCAAGUUUAUUCUGAAAACUUAAAAUCCAGUUUCAACGAGAAUGAUGAAAAGAUUAUUAGAUCGUCUGUGGCUUCAAUACAAGAACCAGUCAUUAUUCAGGCCACUGUGGCUUUGCAAAAGCAGCUUGGUUCAGUUUUAUUGGCAACUGCCAUGAUUGGUGUGCUUGGUAAAAAUGGUUCAAGGACGUUACUUCGCGCCUUGUUGGAUCAGGGUUCGCAAAGUGCAUUUAUCACUGAAAAUGCGGCACAAACCUUAGGUUUGAAAAGGAAAUCGAUUUAUGCAUUGAUUUCUGGCAUUGGUGAAAAAAUGCAAGCCGCAAAGCACAUGAUUGAUUUGACUAUUUUCCCUCGAUUUGAAUCAGAGUUCGUUAUAGAAUCCAAAGCUAUUGUGUUACCAAAACUAACUCGCAUCUCUGAAUACGAUUGUGAUGAAAAUGAUUUUCACUUUACGUCUAAUUUGACACUUGCAGAUCCAUCUUUUUUGAAAAAUUCUGAGAUUGACAUUAUUUUGGGUGCUUCUGAGUACGCUCAAGCAAUUAAAACCGGCUUGAUUAAGUCUGAAAAGAAUUUAAUCGCCCAGAAUUCCGAAUUCGGAUGGGUUGUAUCAGGCGCACUUGAUACGGUCAAUGUCAGUUUGGAUGUUGUUACGUUGGUAACGAAUGUCGAGUUGGAUGAAAAGUUAAAUCGAUUUUUUGAUUCAAAAGAGUUUGAUAAUGAUGAUUCAAUGGCGUUAACGGCUGAAGAAGAGAUGUGUGAAGAUCAUUAUGAAAAGACUCAUUAUCGAGAUGGCAAUGGUCGUUAUGUUGUUUCUAUUCCAUUCAAAAAUGGUUUAGAGGAGCCUGAUCUUGGUGAUUCAAGAAGAAUUGCUUUAGCUUCUUUGUUUUCUCUCGAACGUCGUUUUUUGUCGAAUCCCGAGCUAAAAAUCGAAUAUUCAAAAUUUUUACAUGAAUAUAUCAGUUCGGGACAUAUGCAUGAGGUAAAUAAUAUGCAUCCAAAUGCGUAUUACAUGCCUCAUCAUGCGGUUUUCAAAGAAUCAACUACGACAAAAUUAAGAGUGGUUUUUAACGCUUCGCAAAAAACCUCAAAUAAAAAGAGUUUAAAUGAACAAAUGGCUCUUGGUCCACGGGAUCAAAGUGAUUUGGUUUCAGUUUUGCUUCGUUGGCGUCGUCAUAAAAUUGCCUUCACGGCUGAUUUGGAAAAAAUGUAUCGUCAAAUUCUUAUUAACGAAUCUCAAACCCAUUUGCAAAGAAUUUUGUGGAGAGAACUGCCAAAUGACCCUAUUAAGGAGUAUGAGUUACGUACUGUAACGUAUGGAACGUCUAACGCUCCUUAUUUGGCAAUUAGAACGUUAAAACAAUUAUCUAUUGAUGGUGCAAUUGAAUUUCCAUUGGCAUCAGAAAUUUUGAAAAAAGAUUUUUAUGUUGAUGACGUUUUGUCUGGAGCAGAUAGCCUUGAUGAAGCUAUAAUUCGUUAUUCCCAAUUGAUUAAUCUUACAUCAUCUGCUUGUUUGAAUCUGCGAAAAUGGUCAACUAAUUCAAAAGAAUUAUUUGCGCAAAUUCCAAUGGAAAAAAGAGAACUUCAAGUCACAAAUGGCAUUAUUAAAGCGUUGGGAAUUAGUUGGCUCACUGAGUCAGAUGAACUUACAUUUAAUAAUUCAGUUAAUGUUGAUUCGAUUGUUGUCACAAAACGUCAUUUAGCAUCUGAGAUUUCAUCAUUAUUUGAUCCACUUGGUUAUUUUAGUCCAGCAGUCAUGGUUGGAAAGAUUUUGUUUCAACAACUGUGGGCUGAAAAAUUGGACUGGGAUGAUGCUAUUUCUCGAGAAAUUGUUGACAAAUGGCAAAAAUUUAAGUCGGAAAUUGAUUUGAUUUCGAAUUUUCGUUUGCAACGUUGGGUUCAUUUUAAUCCGAAUGAUUGUAUUGAACUUCAUGGUUUCUGUGAUGCAUCCAUUUGGGGCUAUGCUGCUGUUUUGUUUUUGGUGAAUGUAACACAAAAAACGUCACACAUCUUGUUGGCUAAAGCUCGCGUUUCACCAAUUAAGCAGUCUAAAAACUGUGAAAACGUUACAAUUCCACGAUUGGAAUUGUGUGGUGCAUUAUUAUUGGCUCAGUUGGUUAAAAAGACAAUGGAUAUUUUGGAUGUUGAGUGUAGUCGAAUUUGUUUAUGGUCAGAUUCAAAAAUAGUUCUGGAUUGGAUCCAUGCAAACCCAAAGCGUUAUAAGGUUUUCAUUGCGUCACGAAUUGCGAAGAUUAACAAGCUUGUUGAUCCGAAUUGGUGGUCACAUGUGCGUUCUGAAGAAAACGCAGCGGAUUGUGCGUCAAGAGGUUUGUUACCCUCUGAACUUAUUGCGCAUCCAUUAUGGUGGCACGGACCACGAUUUUUGAUCGAUAAGUCAUUGGAGCCACCACGUUAUCGUCAUGUCAUUGAACCUUUUGGUGAAUUGGCUGAAAUUCAUUCACAUGUUGGUGUGACAAAAAAUGUUUACGAUAGUGAGUUUUUGCCUAAUGUUUCUUCAUUUGGUAAGUUAAAGCGUGUUAUGAGUUAUUGUAUUCGUUUUAUACAUAACUGCAAAAGUAAGCAAAAAUUUGUUGGGCCAAUUUCGCAUGACGAGUUGUUUUUUGCUGAAAAAACAAUAAUCAAAAUUGUUCAGGGUCAGUGUUAUGACCAAGAAUUGAAAAUGUUGAAUAAACAUAAUUCAUUGUCAUUCAUGAAAUCAAGCGCAUUAAUACAGUUAAAUCCAUUUUUGGAUGUUGACGGUAUUAUUCGUGUUGGCGGUAGAUUAAAAAACUCCGAUAUUUCUUUUGAAGCAAAACAUCAGAUUUUAUUGCCAUGCAAACACAAUGUUACAUUUUUGAUCAUACGCGAUUCGCAUGAAAAAUGCCUUCACGGCGGACCAAAAUUGACGGAAUCUAUUUUGAGACAAAGAUUCUGGGUAGCACAGGGUACCCGUACGAUUAAAACUGUGUUACGGAAAUGUGUGAAGUGUUUUAGAGCAAAUCCAAAACCUAUGUCUCAAUUUAUGGGCGAUUUGCCGGCUGUACGUGUAAAUGCGGUUGAAAAGCCCUUUACGAAUACAGCAGUCGAUUACACUGGUGCCAUUUUGGUGAAAUUGACCAAUGGUCGUGGAUAUAAAACACAGAAAGCUUAUGUGGCUAUUUUCGUUUGUAUGUCAGUUAAAGCAAUACACAUUGAAGCAGUAACAGAUUUAACAGCGGAGGCUUUUAUUGCUGCUUAUCGACGAUUCGUUGCUCGUCGUGGUGUUAUUCGGCGUUUAUAUAGCGACAAUGGCACAAAUUUCGUUAAAGCCAAUAAAAUUUUGAUGGAAAAUUUGUCUUUCAUAGACGAGGCUACUUACGAUGAAGCAAUCUGUCAUGAAUUGGCAAAAAGUGGUACUUCGUGGCAUUUCAGUCCACCUGGUGCGCCGCAUUUUAAUGGGCUUGCUGAAGCAGCCGUUAAAUCCGUUAAAUUGCAUCUUAAGCGCGUUUUGGCCGAUGCGAAAUUAACUUUUGAGGAGUUAAGUACGCUUUUAACACAGGUAGAAGCUUGCGUUAAUUCACGUCCACUCUGUCCAAUGUCAUCAGAUCCCAAUGAUAUUGGUUUUUUGUCUCCGGCUCAUUUUUUGGUGGGUGAAGCUUUGAUUUCACCACCUGAGCAGUGUCAUUUGGAAACAAAAGCAAGCUGGCUUUCACGAUGGCAAAAAACUCAGCAAAUGAUGCAAUAUUUUUGGAAGAGAUGGCAAAAUGAUUAUUUGCACCUUUUGCAAACUCGUACCAAAUGGUUUAGGGAGCAAUCAUCUCCAAAACUUGGUGAUAUGGUGUUGAUCAAGGAUGAAAACUUGCCGCCCACUCAGUGGCGAGCUGGCAGGGUGAUUGAAAUUCAUCCGGGUGCUGAUGGUCACGUUAGAGUUGUUUCGUUAAAAACUCAAGAUGGCCAGAUGAAGCGACCAGUUGCGAAAUUAUGUGCUUUUCCACAUAACAACGAUGAAGCUUCAAAUGAAGUUUCGGCUAAUAUUUCAAGAUUUGUAUCCCCAAAAAAGAGUUCUUUUGGUGUUUUGCCAAUUAUCACUGCAAUUUUGUCUCUUUGUGUAACAUUUUCACAUCAAGCAGUUGUACCAGACAAACCUUAUGAAAUCACUCGGUUUGAUACAUCACCUGGGUUUUAUUUUGACAAAACUCAUGACGUGUACAUUUCUAACACGAAUUGGAAGUCUAAUUUUUCUACGGCCAAACAGAUAUGUUUCCGUAAGGCAUCUUUGAAUAGUGGUUGUAGAGGCGUUGUUGUUAAUAUUCAAAUCUUCGGACAACGUUUAUGA